ACUUCCCCCUCUCCAUCUGGCUCCCUGCAGGAGAAAAAUUCUCGAGAUUUUCCAGCAGGAGGGCCAGUGGCUGUUCUAGCUGCUUGCUCCAGAAAUCAGAAACAUCGGGGAAGGCAAUCUUAUUCUCCUACUAGGAAAGCCCCUUCCCCGCCCUCCGUUAACCUAAUUAGAAAAUUUCCAGAGACAUUGCCAUCGCGAGUCGCAUCAUUUUUCUUGAAGACAUUCCAUUAUUGUUCUACCGACCUUUCCCUCAUUCCCGAGUCCUCUGGAGUUGAGUUAUGUCAACAGCUGCCUUAAUUACUUUGGUCAGAAGUGGCGGGAACCACGUGAGGAGGAGAGUGCUGCUGAGCUCCCGCCUUCUGCAGGACGACCGGCGGGUGACGCCCACGUGCCACAGCUCCACUUCAGAGCCUAGGUGUUCGCGGUUUGACCCAGAUGGCAGUGGGCGUCCAGCCACCUGGGACAAUUUUGGGAUCUGGGAUAACCGCAUUGAUGAGCCGAUUCUGCUGCCGCCCAGCAUUAAGUAUGGAAAGCCGAUUCCCAAAAUCAGCUUGGAAAAUGUAGGCUGCGCCUCGCAUAUUGGCAGGCGGAAAGAGAACGAAGACCGGUUUGACAGCGCUCAGCUGACCGAUGAGGUCCUGUACUUUGCCGUGUACGAUGGACACGGAGGACCUGCCGCCGCUGAUUUCUGUCACACCCACAUGGAGAAAUGCAUCAUGGAUUUGCUUCCUAAGGAGAAGAACUUGGAAACUGUGUUGACCUUGGCUUUUCUAGAAAUAGAUAAAGCCUUUGCAAGGCAUGCCCACCUGUCUGCUGAUGCAACCCUUCUGACCUCUGGGACUACUGCAACGGUAGCCCUGUUGAGAGAUGGUAUUGAGCUGGUUGUAGCCAGUGUUGGGGACAGCAGGGCUAUUUUGUGUAGAAAAGGAAAAUCCAUGAAGCUGACCAUUGACCAUACUCCAGAAAGAAAAGAUGAAAAAGAAAGGAUCAAGAAAUGUGGUGGCUUUGUGGCUUGGAAUAGUUUGGGACAGCCUCAUGUGAAUGGCAGACUUGCAAUGACAAGGAGUCUUGGAGAUUUGGAUCUUAAAACCAGCGGUGUGAUAGCAGAACCAGAAACAAAGAGGGUCAAGCUCCAUCACGCUGAUGACAGCUUCCUGGUCCUCACUACAGAUGGAAUUAACUUCAUGGUGAACAGUCAAGAGAUUUGUGACUUUGUCAAUCAGUGCCAUGAUCCCAACGAAGCAGCCCAUGCAGUGAUUGAACAGGCAAUACAGUUUGGUACUGAAGAUAACAGUACUGCAGUAGUAGUGCCUUUUGGUGCCUGGGGGAAAUACAAGAGCUCUAAAAUCAACUUCUCAUUCAGCAGAAGCUUUGCCUCCAGUGGACGAUGGGCGUGACUGCUUGCUGGGACUUCGAAUUUCUGUGAAACAGUUUUUCACUGAGUAUGUCAAGAAACUUACUAGAUCAAACAAGUCAGCUGUGCCUGGAUGCCUCUGUGACUCACUAGAUCAGUACACAAGUCAGUGUAAACUAAGUAACCAUUUACCUAGUAGUUUUUCAUUAAUAACUCAUAUUUAUGUUCAACUGUAUGUACUCAGUAUAAAUAUAUGUGUAAUUCAACUGUGGUGAAUCUUUAAGUUGAGUGAGCAAAUGAAAAGUGGUUCUGACUCACUUGCUGAAUGUUAAAUUUCUAAUUUUUAAAACUCUUAGGCAGCUACGAGUUUCGUCUCAUCAUUUCUGUUCUUUCUUCAUUUGAACAGAUUCUUGCCUUCAAGUUCUUCAAAACUAGUAGAUAUUUUGAUGGCUCUGCAAUGUGUUAGCUGCAAGUGUUUAUUUUCAAUAGUUCUACCAAGGAGUAAGUGUGAAAACAGAGUUCUGUGUGACUAUAUUUUGUAUUCUGGACCACUUACUGGUAAAUUUCACAAUGCAAAAGACAUUGAUUCAGAUAAUAUGGCGCUGCUAAAUUGUAUGCAUAUAUUUACAACAGUACAGUUAUGAAUGUCAGCUGUGUCACUUGGUCUUCCCCCUUCCCCCCCUAACCCCCUUCAUUGCCUCUUUUUCUGUAGCUAAGAAUGUUAUAUAGAUACAUAGACUACUUUAUAUCAGAAGAGUAUGCACAGGCCGAAUCUUUUGGUCAAAGCCAUACAAACUUAAAAUACUGAUGGUAUCCAGUAUUUUGUAUGAAGUUUCCAUUUGUUAUCUUUAACUCUGUGUUUUGUGUUUUAUAUGUAGUAUGUUUAUAUCACCUUUUGUAUAGAAUAAGCAAGUUGGAUAAUUUGUCAGUAAAAAUAAUACCACAUUGUCUGAUAAUAUGAGAGAGAUAGCGUGAGGUUUAUGUCUCCUUUUUGCUUCUUUCUAAGAUUCAAAGCAAAGAAUAAAUCUAAAACGUUAAAGCAUUCUAUAUUUCAGCUUGCUAAUGUAAUUUAGGAAUGUAAAACUCUACUUUAUAUCUGCAUGUAAGUUUGCUGUUAAAAUGUGAAUCUCUACAUGCGUGUUUGAAAUUAUAUCUGCAGUUUAUUUUGCAGACAAUGUAAGUUUGUUAUAUGUGUGGGGGUAUGUACAUAUGUAAAUUUUGGAGUAAUAGAGAAUUAAAGGGAACAAUCCUGCAUAGCUCCUUCACCAGUGAGAUUUAAAUUAUUAAUAUGUUUAUUGCAAGGGCUCUUGACAGACAGAGGACGGCUUUAUAGUGGAGAACAAAUGGUUAUUGGCAGAUGAAGAAAUAGAUUGAAAAUGGCAGAGAUAUUUUAUGGCAGGUAAAUUAUGCAGAAAACACAGAAGCAGACUAGCAUGUUGAAGCUACAUUGCUCUAGGUAAUGUGCAAAUAAAAUAAUAGGAUGUGAGAAAAAUGCUGAGUGUUAAGAAUGGCGUGGAGUUUUGUUGUAGAAACCAACAACAAAAAAAGAAACCAAGAAGGUCAAGUUGAUAUAGUCUAUUCCUUCCACUUUGGGUUUUCAUGGUUGAGUUUUUUUUCUGUCUUUAUGUUUUAUUUAAAGGUUUGUUAGAAGGAAGAGGGCCCAAUAUAAAUAUUCACAUCUUCUCACCUUUUUGGGAAUGGAAGAAAAUAAAUCUUGAGUUUUCCUGCAUAUAUUAAUCAGGAAUUUUCUUUUGAUAAAAAAGGUGACAAAGAAAUAUUUGAAUUUUUUUUUAUUUUCAAGGAAGCUUAGUGAAAAAUAAAGAACAUUACAGGAAAAAAAACAGUCUUCUGUUCAUUGUCUGGGAAGUGAGGAACCAAAAGUAGGCUAAGAAAGCUGGAAAACUUUCUUGUUCUUGCUGAGUUAGGUCCCGGAACCUAAAUGUAGAAGCGUCAUUUAGGAGUAUGGAGAAUUUAUGAAGUAACAAGCAGACGAAAACUCUAAAGCACAAAAUGACAUUCUGAAAAUGUAGGUUUCAUUUCUGAUUUGAAUUCUUCACAUUACUAUUCCUCUCUUUUACUUUAAAAACUGAGAGUGGGAGUGAUGUCGUCAAGCUCAGAAGUCACUGAUUCACUGAGGUGGAUUGCCAGGUUUACAAAGACAAAUUUGUAGGGCUGUGUCGGCCUUGGUCUGGGGUGGGCUUUGCUCUGCUUUACCCAAAAAGCAGAAAUCAGUCAACUUUUCUUAAGCAUAAAAACAUAUUGGUGUUUGUUUUUCAAGCCACAAUGUUAAAGUAUCAUUUGUAGAUUAUUAUAAUCCACAAAAGAUAAUAAGCUUACAUGUUUUCAGCUUCUAGGCCUAUUACAAGGAAUUAUGCAAACAGUAGUGAAAAAAAAGAACUGUUCUAAAUAUAGUCUUUUAGUUAUAACUGUGAAUUUGCUAUGUGGUUAUUAACAUGUGGGUAUAGGUAUAAUGCAGAUUAUAUUAAUGUAAUUAAAUUUAAAUCCAUUGUAAUUUAUGUUUGCCUUUCAUUUAUGUGUAGCACAUAAAUCAUCUUUAUAAAACGUGUUGCCAAACUAUUUGCCAACAUUUAUUUGGCAAAAUAUGCUUAAAAUCAUUGUGAUUUUUCACAAGUAUAAGUUCUUAAGUACCUUGUAUAUUCACAAGUAAAUGCAGUCCUGCUCUCUAUCAACUGUUCAUUUGUUGUAGAUUUUUGUGUUUCUGAAGUGCUUUAAAGUCUUAUGAAUUUUUUUCUGAAAAAAAAUUAGUUUUGAAGGGAUCAGUUUAGAAUCUCUAUACUCUACGAUGUGAACUUUUCUCAAGUUCCAAAAUAAAAAAAAAAAUGACACUUGCAUUGAAGAAUUAUUAGCACAUAAUCUAAAUAGAAAUUAUGCUUUCAAAGUGGAAUUUGAUUCUUUUUUGUCUAAGAAUCCUGGCAGAGAAUGAUUAGGCCUAUGUGAACUCCUCAAUAUCAGAAAGGACAUUUAGUUUCCUUUCUAAGAAAGGACAAGGAUUUAUUUCAUGGUAAUAUGAUAGUAAGAAAAUGAGCCAAGGCAGGGUGAGGGGAAGGAAUGGUUAAAGUUUAGCAUCAAACAGUUAAAUACAAACAUGGGUUUGAAUUUAGCAUUUCAGUUGUUCACAUACCCUUGUCUGUGGAAAGCGACAUAAAAUUUUGGUUGGAUUACAUUUUAUUGUAUUCAUGAGAUUCACUUAUCUGGAUGACCUCAGCAGAAAUAAAAUGUCAUGUCUUUAGAAGCCAAAUGUGAUGACCUGCCUGUUGCUUUUGGCAUCUGGAAUGAGGCUGACUGACUCUGGCAGCUCCCACUGGUUGUUAGAUGGUUGAAAUGGUCCAGUGAUGGUCAACUGAGUGUUCCGGGCUGUGAAACCGUGGAAUUCUACCAUGGUUCUACCACUGGAUGCCAGUACAAAAUUUAGCAGCUUAAUGUGUUCUGAAUUAAUUUAAUUUCUGCUGAAGUGCUCUUGCGUACAUUGUUUUAUAAUUUAACCAAAGUGCUGCUUGGGUGUACUUUGUGCUUUUCCCAGUGAGUUGAUAUGAUUGCUGCUUUGACCAUUCUUUUAAAUGUAUGUAUUAGAGUAAUUGUGAGCAGACUUAAAUCAUAUAUCUCAGUGUUCAAAACACCAUUUUAAUAAAGUAUAUCCAUUAAGCCCUUUUUAAAA